AUGAUCUUGCGUUCAAUAAGUUAUUUAAAUAUGUCAUUAAAUCCAGAUCGUGUCGAUGAACCAAUAGAUCGAAAUGAAAUACGUGAAAAAGUACUUGCACUUCUCAUUUCAAUGACUGUACAGCUCAAAUGUCUUCUAGUUGAACAAUUCGAAUGGCUCUUACAUGUUAUUCAAUACGCAUCGAACGAAUUAAGAACGAAUGUAUUAAGUAGUGUUCGAUAUGCUGAAUUUUGUCUUCCGAGUUGUCAUUAUGGUUACAACAAAGCAAAUCAUAUUGCUCAACAUGUAGUCGUCUAUGAACAAAAUCUUUGUCAAUUGGUCGAAAAAUUAAAAGAAUUUACCUUUCUCGAUAUUUAUGGUGAAAUCCAUUAUGAAAAAAUUGAACCUUAUCGUUUAAUGGUUCAAGCUCGCUUUCCUAAUAGUCGAAUAGAUGUUGAAAUAUCAAGAUUUCGUCUUUGGCUUUAA